AUGUCGACGAGCUCGCGGUCCUUGUCCAAGUACUCGGACACGAUCCUCACAUCAUGGCACAACUUUAGCUUUUUUGAGUCACGGCCAGCGGCACUAGACUCGGAGCAGGCGAUGCUUCCUGUACAGUUGCAAACGAUCGCCGACCGUGUCGUCUGCGUCGAAUACGUCGCACCGCGCCCCGAUACCUGGCCAGGCAGACGCGGAGCACUUGUAUUUGGCACAGACGAUGGAUACAUUUAUGUCAUGGAUGCGCAUACGUACACAGAGAUUGCUACAUGGCAUGCACACGGCACAUUAUGCGCCGCCAAUGUAACCGGCGAUGGGCUCGGCGUGAUCUCGGUGGGUACCGAUGGCGAGGAUACGCCGUAUGAACUAUGUGUAUGGAUGAUACGGCGCAAAGAAAGCGGCACCUAUUCACCCACGCUCACGGCGCAAGGCCGCUUGCACGACGCACGUUCCAAGCUGUGUGUCCUGGAAGUGCACCCCCAGCUAGAUUUCAUCGCGGCGGGCUUUGAGGACGGCAAAGUGCUGCUUAUACGCGAUGUUGCCCUUACCGGCAAAGACACGGCGCAGGACUUGCUGCGCAUCAAGGUUGCACGCGACGCAACACUGGUCGACGAGCCUGCGGAAGGCGCCGAGCUGCCGGAUACCAUAACAGGCCUUGCAUUUACCGACGAGCUUGUACAGAAGCACGGGUCUACACACCGCACGGUACACCUUCUUAUUGCAACUGUCUCGAAAACCCUGCGAUACACGGCACUUGGUUCCAGUGCCAACACGGCGCCGACCCUGAUUGACACCACUGGAUCUCCUCCCGGGUGCGCAAUCAAAUUUCUAGCGUGCUCCGAUGAAGCGCUGAAUGUACAGAGUGCGGAUGAGAGCAUAUCUUCUCCUCUCUCUUACAAAAUGGUGCUUGCACGCGACGAGGCCAUCUACUUGGUCGGCGCCCAAGGCCGCGAAGCUUCCAUCGCGUUGGAAGGCCCAAAAUCGCGCGUCUAUGCACUCCAUGGCCAGCUUGUUGUGCUCUCCACCCCAGGUCAAUCACAUACCAGCACUAUAGGCGGGGACCGUCCUCUUGUAUUUGAUGCGCGCGGCACCAAAACCCACCAGCUUACGCAGGUCACCGUGUUUGACCUGGACACGAAAUGCGUCACAUACACGGCACUCUUUGGAGCCGGCGUCAAGACACUAUGGACCAGCAAUACAACAGGCAGCGACUCAGCAUCCUUUUUUUCUGUCGUGACCCACGCAGCGCAAAAGUUCCAGUUUCAGGAGAAAUCGCUGCAAGAAAAGCUCGAGUACCUCUUUCGCAUGCACCUCUACCUGCUUGCAGUCCCGUUUCUCUGCGCGAGCGUCGCGCGGUUUCCUCGCGUCCAGCUUCCUGUGCUUGCUUCGAGUGCAGUAAUUCUACCCGCUGUCCAGCAUGAGCGGCGUGUCGCUUCCUCGCUAACAAUGCUUAUUGCAGACGUCUACCGCCGCUACGGAGAUUAUCUGUACGCCAAAGGUGACUUUGAAGGUGCCGUGCUGCAAUUUAUCAAAACGAUUGGCGUCGUGCCGCCCAGCUACGUGGUCCGCAAAUUUCUUGAUGCACAGCGCCUCCAGUUCCUUACGCGUUACCUCCAAGCACUGCAUACGAGCGGACUCGCGAAUGCCGACCAUACCACCCUUUUGCUCAAUUGCUACACGAAGCUCGGCGACACCGACGCCCUCGACCGCUUCCUUACCGCGACGGACACCGAGGCGCUGGCCUUCGACGUUCCUGUCGCUAUUUCUGUGUGCCGCCGCAGCGGAUUUAUCGACCAGGCGGCGUACCUUGCCAAGACGCACAAGUGCCACGAAGCGUAUUUGAGCAUCCAACUCCGCGAUAAGCACAACGCCGCCGAGGCCAUCGACUACUUGCAAGCCCUCGCCCCCCCGCAAGCGGAGUACUACGUCCAGCAGUACGCACAUGUUUUGUUGAAUGCCCUCCCAGCCGAGACGACGGAACUGUUGAUCAAGCUCUACACGCGCGCCGAGUGGCGCUCGCCCGCGCCGCUGUUUUCCAGCUUUGUAGGCCACCCUACAAUGCUCGUACAUUUCCUGGAAACGCUCGCUGCGCUGCGCUGGGACAGAAAAGUGCUGGACGUGCCCAGCACGCCGAGCGAUGCAGCUGCAGCGCCUACCGACAACGACGAGACGCUUGUGUUCCACACCUUGCUUGAGCUUUACCUCUCAAGUGGUGCGUAUCAAAAAGCACUCUACCUGCUGCAACAACCAAGCCAAUUUCCCUACGUGCCGACGCACGCAAUGCUCCUCUGUGCGACGCAGUCCUUCACUCAAGGCCUUUUGUUCCUCUACGAGCGCCUUGGCAUGAUAGACGCUCUCUUUCAGCACUGGAUCGACGCGAGCCACGCAGCCAAAGACGACGCGGCCAGAAACGAGGCGACGCGUGGCGUUUUGCUUGCGUUGGAGCGAUUCGGAGACGCACAUCCCCACCUGUACAUUACCGUCCUGCAGUACCUCGCCUCCUCCAGCGCCAUCCUCGACCAGCACUGCGAAGAGUUUGGCGAUGUGCUGGAACACAUCGACGAGCACAACCUCCUGAGCCCACCGGAAGUUGUGCAGUUGGUCAGUGCGACGGACGUUGUACCGAUGGGCAUGAUCAGUGCAUACCUCAUGCGCCACAUCCGCAACGAACACGCAGAAGUGGACAGUCUUGAAAAGCUCACUGUCUCGUACCAAACCGAGACCGCAUCAAAACUUGACGAGCUCGAAGCGCUCACUUCCAACACCGCGCCGCGCGUAUUUCAGAACCACCGCUGCGGUCUGUGCCACGGAACGCUCGACUUGCCCAACGUGCAUUUCAUGUGCAAGCACAGUUUUCACCAGCGGUGCCUUCCCGGGGGCGAGGCUGGCCGCGAGUGUCCGCUGUGUGCGCAAAAGUAUGACACGAUGCGUGAGGUGCAGCAAGACAAUGCGCUCUACGAGGAUCAUGAGAUUCUACUGUCGCAAGUGCAUGCCGCCGACGAUGGAUUCGACGUGAUUGCCGACAUGUUUUCCAAAGGACUGCUAGGCAGACCAUAG